AUGGAAUUCCACCCAGGAGCCUUUACGGACCCCGUAGGGCCUGUUCCAGAUCGGCCUAAUGGCCGGGAUGUUUACUGGGUGACGAUUUGGUUUGAUACUCAGGAAGCCAAGCUCACAACCCCAGCCCUGCUUCGACUAAUGACAUUCCGCAUCUACAACCGGCAGGCUACAAUCGAUCCAGAGCCCAGGCAUCAGCAAAACACGCACUGUAUAUCACUGCGUGUCGAAGGGGACCUCAGGGACGACGAAAUGGUCUUUGACGCCGCGGACAAGAUGAUGGAUUGGUACGUCAAACAAUUCAAUGCAGGCAGGAGAUUUAUCAAUCGGCAAUUCAUCUUUCGCCGGGAAUCUGUGGUCUGA